GAAACACCGGUUACAAAUAGUGGGGAUGCCACUCCCGACGUCGUCCUCGAAACCCAAGCUUCGUGUGGAGAUGUGUUCGGAAGCAUCGAAGACAACUAUUUUCUGAAUCCCAAAAAUGAUUUGCCUCACCUGCUGAAAAAAAGUGAAUAUCUUCAACAAUAUCCAAGUUGGCUGGGAUUUGUUGGGACAGAGAAUAAGAAGCAAUUCGCACCAACGUUUUUGGCCCGAAAUGAUACCAUAUGGGAACUGAUAUUCUCCGAACGUGGCUACGUGGAUAUGUUGCUAAUGGUUCGUGACGUAUACAUGCUCCCGUUUCCUGAUUUCGAGCCGAGCCAAUACGAUGCCGCUUCUGAGGGGAUGACAAGGGCAAAAUUACGUGAGGCUCUCUUCCCUGGUUUGGAUAAAUUGAUCAAAGCUCAUGAGCGGAUCCUCCGACCGUUGCUCGCCUUGCACGAUCAGGCUGAGGACAAGGUGAUCAAGCACUUGGGGCCCUGUCUUGCGCAGCUGUUUGACAAAACCACUCAGGAUUCAUUGGCUCGACUCUAUGGUGGAUUUAUGUUCGCUCAGCGACGGAUAAGGGAACAGCUGGUCGUUUGCAACCGUUGGCCUCCUGUUGCCGCAUUUUUUGAAAAAUGCAAACAAGACGCGCGGUCAGGUCGUCGGUCCUUGGGAGAUUGUCAUACUUUGAUUGUGCAACGUUGGACCAAGUUUGAGCCGUUAAUAGAUGCCAUCAUCAGAAACACGCUCAAUAAUCCUACUGAAGUUGAACACUUGGAAUCAGUUCGUAAGGCUGUGCGGUGCAUUCUCAAAGGAGCGGAAUCUGUGAUGACCGCUCGGGAGCAUGCGGAAAAGCUGAAUGAGUUUGCCAACGGGCUCCUCGUUCCUGGUGGUGAAGACACGGAAGAGCACAAAUUACGUGCUGUGAUGCGUUCCCCAUCGACCACUUUGAUUAACUAUGGACCUUUACGUAUUGUACUCAAUCCAGUUGGAGCACAACUCUCCUCUCCAGCGGUAGACGUCAUUGGCUUGGGUCUAAACAGCUGUUUCUGCGUGUUACAGAAGAUGCCCGAAUCAGGACGUUAUCAGCUGUUCAGAGGCACGAAAAUGCCUCCGAUUUUAUGGUGGGGUCAAGUAUACGGGUAUUUUCGUAGGUCGGUAGAGAAAGGAAGUUUCGGGUUUUUCAUCCUCUUGCAAUCGGAGGCCGUUCUCACUUUGUACCGAUGCAGUACUGUCGACGAUUUGGUUCGCUGGGAAAAAGUCAUCAACGAUGGAUUCUCGCAAUGGCAAACGUUGCAAACGCUGGAUCAUGAUCUCACUGAGGCGAAAUCGAUGAUUGCAGCUCGAUGGCAACGAACUGAAGCAAUUCUGCAGCUUCUGAACGAGUUAGACGAAAAUGUGCUGCGUGCAUGGUCCGCACGAAAUUGUGUCUGCCUAGCAUUAAUCGAGGAACAGUUGAAAAUUCUGAUGUCCAAAAAUGAGGCGGACGAUGGUGGCAACGAAUCGGAUUCUCGUUUAACUAGUUCACCCAGUGAUUCGCAAAAGCCCCCCAAAGCACCUGGUCGAUCAGGUCGGCACACAAAGGCCGCCAGCCCUCCAACUGUGUCUGAAGUACUCGAGAAAAACACUUUCAUGAAAAGUCUGGAUAACAACUCGGAUUUGGAUCAACUGUUUGCCAUGUUCCAAGAUACUCUGGCUCGACUACACUUCUCUCUGGUGGGUAGGUCACCAAGUAGCCUGUCACGGAGUGCAUCGGACGUGGAGGAGCGUAAACACACCUUCUCAAAGCCCGUUAGAAAAAACGAAACAUUCAGUGCUCGGGAUAAUGUCAAUCAUCCCGGUGAUUCGAAGGAUCUUGCCCGAAAAUCGAGUUCCAAAAAGCGCGAAGCGAACCGGCUCAGUUCAACUAUGGUCAGUCUUUUCCGGACCGGUAGUCGUGACAAACCCUCAGCUGAUUUCUUUGUGUCCUCUUCCGGCCAACCACCCAAAGGCCCCUCCAACCAGAGGGUCCCAUCAAUUGGUGGGUCAGAUGCGUCACAUACCAGCUCCUCUACUCCAUUGGCUCCGAAUAUGCUACCGCGGCCGUCAUUCUCCUUUUUGACCGGAACUGUUGGUGAAGCACUCCAGUUAAGCGUCGAUGGGUCUGUUGAUGGUUCGUCUAACUCACUUUCAAGUCAACACUCCAUUGAGGCGUGGACUCUCCUGCGGAACUUGGACCAACUUUCUGAAGAGUUUUUCCCCAGUGUUUUUCGCUUGCGCACCAAGAAUGACGAGCUGGAUGCACGAGUUCGAUGUUUGGAAACCGAGAAAGAUAAACUGGAAACCCUUUAUAAGCGGGCGAAACAACAUGGCCUCAUCAAAUCCACAUGUUCAAGUUGUGGUGGCUCAGAUGGCUUAGACUCCUCCGGAGCGGACGUAUCUUCUGCCCUGACGGUGAAACAAGGAACGGAGAAAUUGCGUCAGGACGUGGAAAACUUUCGAAUCAAGUCGGAAGAAUGGGAGAAAGAAUACAGUCGCCAGAGGGAUGCUCUGGAACGAGAACAUACCAAGCUGGCCGAGCAGUGGAAACGCUACGAGAAGGCCCGAGAAGAAUUGGAGCACAAACAACGUCAGUACGAGGAGAAUUGCAAAACGUUACAACAACAGGUUGAUCUGCAUGCCAGUCGAGGUGUCAAGUUCAGUGGAAUCACAAUGCCAGAAAUACGCCUUCCUGACGUAACAACAAGCACCACUACCUCACGUGGAAGUUCUCCAUCUUUGCGAGAGCUAAGUGUACCUGAUUUCCCCUCUAAUCCCCGCCCAUCGCUCAAUCCUAUUCACUUUCAUUCUGCGAGUGAUGACCUGGCGAGCAGGCGAUCUCCUCGUGGGUCGCAAGAGUUUUUCCCCUCCCGCGGCGAUACUACCCCAAGACCAUCACUCGCUCCUAGUAGCUCUGUUCGAAGUGAAGAACUUCCAAUACACCUUCGCGGUAGCCUCCUAAACCAGCCUGCUGGCGGCACUCCAACCUCAGGAUCAACUUCCUCGUUGAACUCAGUCCCAAAGGAUAAUCCAUCAGGUAGCAACGCUGCUUUAUGGACUCUGGCUGACACCAGCAAGACACAAUCUGCUCUUAAACCGAAAAAGAGUAGUCGAUUUCGCCUGUCCUAACCCAAGUGCUUCCUACCCUCUGGUCUGGCCACCAGGUCUCUGCUCAAAGUGCUUUCCAUGUGUCUUUCGUAUGUGAUGUAAACUGGUCCCAGUCACCAAGUCCGUUUUAUUUUUAUUUUGUCACGUCAUUUUUCUUUCCGCAGAUUAUCCCACUAGGCGGUGCUAUUUUCCCACUGUAGUGACAACGUAUCAGUGAUCCGGAUAGCCUCUGGUCCACCCUUAUACAUGGGUACACCUGCGUCUCUUCUUUUCCAUGCGAUUGAUUGUCUAUGGUAUUUCCAGAAGUCCAUUUCCUAUAUCCGGCCCUGUUGUACUCAGUCGGAUUGAUGAUUCAGAUCAAUCUCGCUGUUCUAUAAUUUUUCCAUUCACAUGCACACUAUUCAGCGGCGCCACCUGCUUCUGUCUAAUUUUGCUCCGUUUGAGCCAUCGGUAAACCCCCUGCUUGUGAGACCCCAUCAGUGAAAAAAGAAUUCAAGAUUUUCCCAUUUGUGUUUGCCCCUUCCCCACCUCUAUCUUCUUUGUCUUCUCUACACGCA